UCAUACAUAUCCAAGUACCGUACCUUCCCAUGCUAUGUUCUUAAGAUACUUUGUGUUCACUUUAUUUACCUGCAGCCGUCAUGUUUGACUUGAGUCCAACCUCAGUCCUCCCUCACCCUCCUGGUGAGGGGGGACUACCAUAACAAUUAGUUAAAUAGUCUACUGCAGCCCUUCUUGUAAGGUUUCUGAUGCCAGCUCCUCAGAGCUCUGCUGUUAUGGCCUGUGUUUCUUGUACUUUUUGGUUCCCUCCAGGACCCGUUUGUCCCUGAAAUCUCACAGCCAAGUGGCCAGGCUUCAUCAACAAGCUGCCUCCUCCCUUCUCCACAUUCACAGCGGGCAGCCCUCUCUCUGUCGGCAGACUCUGCUGCUACAGUCUUCACAGAAAAACGGAAUUAGAUUCCAGAAGAUAAACUAAGGAGGCAACGGCGGUGACCUUAGCCGUAUGUUUAAUACACACACCAGCCGAGAAGUAUUCCAGUUCAGGAUUGUCUUUGUUUCCGGGACUCACCUCUGUAUGAAGUGGUACAGUCCCGUUAGACGCAACCUGUUUGCAGCAGUUAGCGGACUACGAAACGACCAACAUGCGGAUAAACUGCACUUCACUAUAGAACGGGCAAUAUAAUGAACUUUUACCAGUUGGCCGUUUUACUGGGCGCAUCAGUGUGUGUGUGUGAUGGUGUGAAUGUCAUUGUGCGGGAGAAGCAGAGGCUUGCCAUGCUCUUCCAGUCCGUGGUCCUCCCAUGUCAGUACCAGACGGCCUCCACCCAGACCCCGGUGGUGCAGUGGUGGUACAAGUCCUACUGUCGAGACCGCACACGAGAGUCUUUCACGCUUUCAGAGAAACUGGGCAUCCAUGCCUCCGAGCUAGGAGCCACAUCCCACCUGGAGUGCUCUGACAGCAGCCGCACUGUUCGGGUUGUGGCGUCGGCGCAGGGAGCCUCCAUGACACUGGCUGAGUACUACAAAGGCAGAGACAUCAGCAUCAUAAACGGAGCAGACCUGAGGAUCGGGAAGCUGGAGUGGGGCGACAGCGGAGUGUACUUCUGUAAAGUCAUUAUUGCUAAUGAUCUGGAGGGGAAGAAUGAGGGCCAGCUGGAGUUACUGGUGCUCGAGUGGGCAUUUGUGGGAUCUGUAGUUCUGGGCAGUAUCUUGUUCCUGUUGUUGUUGGGGAUCUGCUGGUGCCAGUGUUGUCCUCACUCCUGCUGCUGCUACGUCCGCUGCUGCUGCUGUCCUGACACCUGCUGCUGCCCCCGACACUUAUAUGAGGCAGGGAAGAUGGCAAAGGGUGGACAGCCCACUCAGGUUCCUGUGUAUCCCUACUACAUCCCUGGUGUCCCUGCUGUGGUCCCUCUUGCCCCUUCAUCCCAUGUGGACCCAAACAUCACCUCUGUCCCCUCAGCGGAGAACAACCUGACUGGAGUGUGCAGUGGUUACCUACUGCAACCCAGCUCAGACCAGGACUCAAUGAAAGUUCUGUGCUACAUAGAGAAGGAGCUGGCUCAGUUUCCCUCUGCCAAGAUGGCUGCAGUCAAACCCAGCAGCCUAUCAGAGCUGAGCUCUCUGCAUGAAGGAGGGGCAGACUUCAGACACACCUAUCAGACAGUCCAGAUGAAGGCGCUCCCACCAAUCGCAGAUCUGGAUGACCAGUCAGUGGUGAGAGCAGCUCCAGCUGCACAGAGUCGAAGGCCCAGGUGGGACAGAGGAAACCACUCAGAUGAUGAACUAGACAGAAGGUGGAACCCCCGUUCAGAGCACCUGCAGAGGAAGACGCUGAGCAGGAGAGGACGUACUGGCUCCCUGGAUGAACUGGAGGAAUUUGCUCAGUCUUACAGCUCCCGUGGUCGGCGGGCUGAACCUCCAAACUGGGUCUAUGAACGCGAUUACAGCCCUCCCAGGCGUUUCUACCGAGAAAAAGAUGGUGGCUGGGGCCGCCGCAGCCCCUCACCUUUAGCACAUAAGAGAAGGGACACAUGGGACAGUGAUCACCCCUCUCGGCCGCCCCAAAACAGAGGAUACGAUGACACCUUCCUCAACAGUGUGCUGGAGAGCAAGGCAAGGGGGCGGGGAGGGGACAGAGGUGCCAGGAGGAUGGAUGAGGACAGUGACACUCCCUCCAAAGGCAGCUCGAGAGGACAGGGCAGCCAUAGUAACUACAGCCGGUCGCCUAGCAACCGUCCAGAGGAAGAGGACCCUUUGCCUCCAUACUCUGAGCAUGGGGCAGAGCAGCACCGCAGCGCUGACCACACCACAGACCGGCACCGCACUGCAGAAGCUCCCAGAUCAGAGAGAUACAGCACCACUGAAUCAGCCAUGAGGCCGUUCUCUUACACCCGCCCCCAGCCAGGAAUGUCCCAUACGCUACAGGGUGGCAGCGAGGAGAGAGACAGGAGCCGAAACCUGAGCACUGCACUGAGCAGGGAUGCUCUCAUAGUGUGACAAGGCGUGCCCGCCUCGACCACACAACGCUGCCGGUCCGUUCGUUUAAAUCGUCCUGUUGCCUCACAGGAGGGGAAUAACUGUUCCACCACCCGCUGCAUGAUGUCUGACUGAACUCACUGAAAUAACUGCACUGAAAAACAAAACAUCGGUGGAUGAAAGAUGAUGAGAAAUUAAUAUGCACGAAGUAGCAUGUGCAGUCAUUUCUGUUAGUACAGGAUGUAUGUACUCGUGCAUGAAUUAUACCUCUGUAUAUGUGCAGGUGUUCAUGUGUGCAUGGUGUGUGCAUCAGUUUUCUUUGCUGAAUUUGAUGGGUUGAGUGACUGGAUUUCCUUAUACUGGUGCCAAGAUGUUUUUUAAUUGCUGCCAACUUCAGAGUGGUUUACUGUAACACUGAGAAGGACGUCACAGUCUUCAUACUCAGUACAUUGCAAAUCAGGUUCACUUCAUAUUUCUGUUUUUGUCUGUUGCUGAUAUUGUACUGUAUGGAUGUGUUUUACUUUGAAUUUGUUCAGCAGAUUUUAUUGCACUGCCUAAAUACUUUUUGAAUAAAAAGAUCUGGUGAAGUUUUCACUGUCUUACAUUAAUGGUUUUUGAUUAUCUUGACCAGAAGAAACGACACAAAGAGCGAGGACUACAACUAUCAAUUGUUUUCAUUGUUUGAUAAUCUGGCCAUUAUUUUCUUGAGCAACUGUUUGAAUUUUAAAAUAUCAGUACAGUAAAAAAAUCCCCAUCAUUUCCUAAAGCGCAAGGUGACAUCAUUGCUUAUCUUGUUUUCUUGUUUUCCAAAAGUCUAAACUCAAAGAUAAGUUUCCUAUCACAAUAAUAGCAAAAUGUAGUUGUUUUAUUUACAAGUAUAAAAUUGAAUUUGUUUGUGUGUGUGUGUGUGGGGGGGGUUAUUUAGUUUUUUGUUUUUAAUUAGUGUGUCUACUCACAAAGUGUGUCUACUCACAAUGCUGUACAUAAUGUGAAUUGAACAAAUCAAACCUGCAGAUGAUGCCAACAGGUCUCUGGGCCCACAUGUUUGCAUUUCAAUUGUUUUGACAAGAUUUAUUUUGAUAUAAAACUUCCAUUGUCUGUCACAGAAUCUGAGCUUUGAGUGUUUGAUAAUGAGUGUGUACCUUGGAGAAAGCCUUUAUUUUUUUAGCGCUGCUUAUCAAAUAUACACAG